AAAAUAGUUUUUCAAAAGUUCCAGGAGGAGACGCACAGCAGCCGCGUCUGAGCUGCGAAUGCUAAUACGGGAUAGGACCUGUACGAUUUAUACACCGUUUUUACUUUUAGUUGAUUAAUGAACGUUUUGAAGAUCCCAGACACUGCCUCUUGGAACUUUUAUCUCUCGGUGAACUCAAAGGAUGUAUUACUGCUAAGUUAACACUUCAAAGAGAAGAUUUGGGACAAAUUUCCACCGAGAUGGGGGGGAAUUAUAAAGUUUGGAUAUUUUUAGCAAUGUUAUUCUUGGUCCAUAAUUGCGAAGGAUUCCGCUGUGUGGAUAAAUACAGACCGUGUGACAAUGGAGGAACGUGCAUAGACUCACCCUCACGAUGCAUGUGUCGGCCGGGGUACAUCGGCCCUCUGUGCCAAAGCCUGGACCCCUGUCACCGGUCGCCAUGCCUCAACGGAGCCGCCUGUAAGAGCCAGGUGGCCAACGGAAUGCCACAAUUCACCUGUGUGUGUCAGAGAGGGUUCAGAGGUCAAGACUGCUCCCUCAUAGACGCCUGUGCCACCAGCCCCUGUGCCAAUGGUGCCCGCUGUGCCAGUUGGAAUAACCACUAUAACUGUUCCUGCCCGCCCGGGUUCCAGGGGAAGAACUGCCGCAACGAUAUUGACGAGUGCCGCAAGUCUGGCGUCUGUCUCAACGCAGGCCUCUGCACGAACACCCAUGGUUCCUUCCGCUGCCAGUGCCCACCUGGGUACAGCGGGCGCACCUGCGAGGUGUCCUCCCUGCCCUGCGCCCCCUCCCAGUGCAUCAACGGGGGCACCUGCCGCCCGACCGGAGAUCACACCUACGACUGUGCUUGCCUGCCAGGGUUUGAGGGACACAACUGUGAGAUGAACGUGGACGACUGCCCAGGGCAUAGGUGUAUGAAUGGAGGCCUGUGUGUGGAUGGAGUCAACACCUAUAAUUGCCAGUGCUCACCUGAGUGGACAGGUCAGUACUGUGCAGAGGAUGUCAAUGAGUGCCUUAUGCAGCCCAACGCCUGCCAUAACGGAGGCACCUGCUUCAACACCAUCGGGGGGCACACCUGCGUGUGCGUCAACGGCUGGACGGGAGACGACUGCAGCGAGAACAUCGACGACUGUGCCACCGCCGUGUGCUUCAACGGCGCCACCUGCCACGACCGCGUGGCGUCCUUCUUCUGCGAAUGCCCCGUGGGGAAAACCGGUCUGCUCUGUCACCUGGACGACGCCUGCGUCAGCAACCCGUGUAACGAGGGCGCCGUGUGUGACACCAACCCUCUGAACGGGCGCGCCAUCUGCACCUGUCCCGCCGGCUUCGUGGGCGGAGCCUGUAACCAGGACAUGGACGAGUGUUCCAUUGGUGCUAACCCCUGUGAACACUUUGGGAAGUGUGUGAACACGGAGGGGUCCUUCCAGUGCCAGUGUGGCCGAGGCUACGCCGGCCCCCGCUGUGAGAUCGACAUCAACGAGUGUCUGUCCAUGCCCUGCCAGAACGAUGCCACCUGUCUGGAUCGCAUCGGAGAGUUCACCUGCAUCUGCAUGCCAGGCUACAUGGGGACCUACUGUGAGGUGGAUGUGGAUGAGUGUGAGAGCAACCCUUGUGUGAACGACGGUAUCUGCCGGGACAUGGUCAACGGCUUCACAUGCACCUGCCAGCCAGGGUUUACUGGCACCAUGUGUCAGAUCGACAUUGAUGAGUGCGCCAGCACGCCCUGCCAGAACGGAGCCAAGUGUUACGACCGGCCCAACGGAUACGAGUGCCGCUGUGCUGAAGGGUAUGAGGGCACACUGUGCGAGAGCAACACCAACAACUGCCAGCCCGACCCGUGCCACCACGGCACCUGCGUGGACGGCAUCGCCAGCUACACGUGUAACUGUGAGGCGGGCUACACGGGUUACCGCUGUGAGAACCAGCUGAACGAGUGCCACAGUAACCCCUGCCAGAAUGGGGGCAAGUGUGUGGACCUGGUCAACAAGUACAUCUGCCAGUGUCAGCAUGGUACCUCAGGUACCAACUGUGAGAUUAACUUUGAUGACUGUGCCAGCAAACCAUGUGACUAUGGCAUCUGCAAGGACGGUAUCAACCGCUACGACUGCGUGUGCAAACCAGGCUUCACCGGCCCUCUGUGCAACGUGGAGAUGGACGAGUGCUCGUCCGGACCCUGCAGGAACGGGGGGACGUGUGUGGACGAGGAGAACGGCUUCCACUGCCAGUGUCCCGAGGGCUUCCAGCCUCCCUACUGUUACUCCCAGGUGGACGAGUGUGGCAGCAACCCUUGUGUGCACGGCGCCUGCAGAGACGACAUCAACGGCUACCGCUGUGACUGUGAGCCCGGCUGGGUGGGGAAGAACUGUGACUUAGACCGUAAUGACUGUCUGCCCAGCCCCUGUCAGAACGCUGGCACCUGCAUCGAUCAGCUGAACGGAUUCACCUGCAAGUGUCGCCAGGGCUUCAGAGGUAACCUGUGCCAGGUCAACAUCAACGAGUGUUCGUCCAGUCCGUGUCUGAACCAGGGCACGUGUGUGGACGGCGUGGCCAGUUUCACCUGUCUGUGUGAGCUGCCCUACAGCGGGCCCACCUGUGCCGACGUGCUCACCCCCUGCUCCCCCAACCCCUGCGCCAACCAUGCCCUGUGCACCAACACACCUGACUACCUGGGCUACCAGUGCAACUGCCAGCAAGGAUGGCAAGGUCAGCUGUGCAACAUUGACGUGAACGAGUGCAUCGCCAACCCGUGUAAGAACCGUGGUACCUGCACCAACACACUGGGAGGGUUCGUGUGCUCCUGCUGCGGCGGCUUCACCGGGCCCAACUGUGAGACGGACAUCAAUGACUGUGCCCCUAACCCGUGUCUGAAUGGGGGUUCCUGUAUGGACGGUGUGAACUCGUUCCACUGCAGCUGUCUGCCAGGCUUCACGGGGCCUCGCUGUGCCGUGGAGGUCAACGAGUGUCAUAGCGCCCCCUGUAAGAACGGAGGCACCUGCACAGACUACGUCAACAGCUACACCUGCACCUGCAGACCUGGCUUCACUGGCAUUAACUGUGAGACCAACAUCCCAGACUGCACUGAAAGCUCAUGCUUCAACGGAGGUACCUGUACAGACAAGAUCAACGGCUACUCCUGUACCUGUCGCUCAGGCUUCACAGGCUCCCACUGCCAGUAUGAGGUGAAUGAGUGUGACUCCCAGCCCUGCCUCAAUGGAGGGGUCUGCCAGGACGCUCUGGAGUCCUUCCGCUGUUCCUGUCCCAAGGGAUACACAGGCAACCGCUGCCAGAUGCCAGUGGAUUGGUGCAGACGCUCGUCUCCCUGUCAGAACGGAGGGCGCUGUCGUCAGAAGGACACCUCCUUCUCCUGUGAGUGUCUGGGAGGCUGGUCUGGACGCUACUGUGACAUCCCUGGGGUUUCCUGUGAGGUUGCCGCGCUCAAGAGAGGCCUCCAGACAGACGAGCUGUGUCAUCACGGAGGUCACUGUGUCAACACAGGCAACACCCACUACUGUAAGUGUCCCACAGACUACACAGACAGCUACUGUGAGAGCCAGGUGGACCACUGUGAGGACAAACACUGUCGCAACGGCGCCACCUGCAGGGGCUACGUGGGAGGAUACCAGUGUGACUGUAUGCCAGGCUACACCGGAGAGAACUGUGAGAUGGAGGUCAACGAGUGCCAGUCUCACCCAUGUCAGAACGGUGGCACCUGCAUUGACCUGGUGGGACACUACAUCUGCUCCUGCCCACCUGGCACCUUGGGUGUUCUGUGUGAGAUCAACGAGGAUGACUGUGCUCCUCCUCUGCGGCUGCGCGGGACUCCUCCUAAGUGUCUGAACAACGGUACCUGUGUGGACAGAGUGGGGGGCUACCGCUGUAACUGUCCCCCUGGCUUCACUGGAGAGAGGUGUGAGGGGGACAUCAACGAGUGUCACUCCAACCCCUGCAUCCCCGCCAACAGUCUGGACUGCAUCCAGCUCCCCAACGACUACCAGUGUGUAUGCAUGCCCGGCUUCACAGGUCGGCGGUGCCAGAGCAGGUUCAGUGUGUGUGAGUCUCAGCCCUGUCAGAACGGAGGGGCCUGUUCUGUCUCCAGCAGCUCAGCCCUGGGAUACGCCUGUACCUGUCAGCUGGGCUAUGCUGGGAACAACUGUGAGAGGAGCAUGUCGUGUCGGGAGUUGUCUUGCUAUAAUGGAGGUAGUUGUGCUCUGACCACGCGGGGGGCCCGCUGUACCUGCCUGACAGGCUAUGCCGGGCCCCAGUGCCAGCACCGUAGUAACGAGGGCUGCUCCUCCCAGCCGUGCCGCAACGGAGGCAUCUGCACCGAGGAGACCAGCUUCCCCUUCUUCCUCUGCCAGUGUGCCCAAGGCUGGACGGGCAAGCGCUGCGAGCAGGGCAGCACCAGGCUGAUAGAGACCCUUCUGCCGCCCGCCUGCCCCAAAGCCGACUGCCACGGCAAGGCCAACGACGGUGUCUGCGACAAGGAGUGCAACACAUUCCCCUGCCGCUGGGACGGGGGCGACUGCUCGCUGGCGGUGAACCCGUGGGCGCGCUGCACCGAUCCGCGCUGCUGGCGUGUUUUCAACAACAGCCAGUGUGACGAGUCGUGCAACCACGCCGACUGCCUCUACGACAACUUUGACUGCAAGAGCAAGGAGAAAAUCUGCAAUCCCAUCUACGAGGCGUACUGCAUCGACCACUACGCUGACGGCCGCUGUGACCAGGGCUGUAACUCAGAGGAGUGUGGCUGGGAUGGGCUGGACUGUGCAGGGAAGGUUCCAGAGAACCUGGCUGACGGGGUGCUGGUCCUGGUGGUCCUGCUACCCCCGGACGAACUCGUGAAUACGGCCCCUGCCUUCCUGCAGAAGCUCAGCGCCAUCCUGAGAACAACCCUGCGCUUCCGCCUGGACCACAACGGAGAGCCCAUGAUCCGACCCUACACCCGUCGAGAGGCUCGCCUCAAACGAGAGCUGCAGCCCCACCAGGAGGUGAUUGGGUCCAUAGUGUACCUGGAGAUAGACAACCGUCUGUGUUCCCAGCGGUCUGACGACUGUUUCCCGUCAGCAGACAGUGCAGCAGACUACCUGGGAGCUCUGUCAGCCGUGGAGAUGCUCCGCUUCCCCUACCCCAUCAAAGAAGUCCGCGGUGAGAAGAUCCCAGACCCUGUAGACAUGCCAGAGUGGGGCAAGCUGAUGCUGGUGGGCGUGGCAGCCCUGUUCCUAUUUGUCAUCCUGGUGGUGGGUGUGCUGAUUGGCCGCAGGAAGAGAGAACACAGCACCCUGUGGUUCCCCGAAGGCUUCUUCCCCAAGAAGGAACCCAGCAGCAACAAGAACCGCAGGGAACCCUUAGGCCAGGACGCACUGGGCAUGAAAUACAUGCCCAAGACGGUGGAGGAGUCUCUGCUUGGCGACCACAGUGACUCGUGGAUCGACACAGACUGCCCCGAGGCCAAGAGACUGAAGGUUGAGGAGCCCAGCAUCCUGUCAGACAGUGAAGACACUGUAGACUGUAGACAGUGGACCCAGCACCACCUAGCGGCUGCAGACAUCCGCAUGCCCCCCUCCAUGGCCCUCACCCCGCCCCAGGGAGAGUUCGACCAGGACUGCAUGGACGUCAACGUCCGAGGACCUGACGGUUUCACCCCUCUGAUGCUGGCGUCGUUCUGCGGAGGCGGUCUGGAGCCCGAGCUCCCCGAGGAGGAGGAGUCAGAGGAGUGUUCCGCCAACAUCAUCUCUGACCUCAUCUACCAGGGCGCCACAUUGGCCGCCCAGACGGACCGCACUGGAGAGACCGCCCUUCACCUGGCCGCCCGCUAUGCCCGCGCUGAUGCUGCCAAGCGGCUGUUGGACGCCGGGGCCGACGCCAACGCGCAGGACAACACAGGGCGCACGCCGCUACACGCCGCCGUGGCAGCCGACGCCCAGGGGGUCUUCCAGAUUCUGAUCCGAACCCGGGCUACAGACCUGGACUCUCGUAUGUACGACGGCUCCACCGCCCUGAUCCUGGCUGCCCGCCUGGCCGUAGAGGGCAUGGUGGAGGAACUCAUCACCUGCCACGCAGACAUCAACGCUGUCGACGAACUGGGUAAAUCUGCUCUGCACUGGGCAGCUGCUGUCAACAACGUGGAGGCCACCAUGGCCCUGCUGAAGAACGGAGCCAACAAGGAUAUGCAGGACCUCAAGGAGGAGACGCCUCUCUUCCUGGCGGCGCGUGAGGGUAGUUGUGAGGCGGUCAAGGUUCUCCUGGCCCACUUCGCCAACAGGGAGAUAACCGACCAUAUGGACCGUCUGCCUCGGGACAUCGCCCAGGAGAGAAUGCACCAUGACAUCGUUCAGCUGCUGGAUGAGUACAACACAGUGAGGAGCCCCCAGGGCCACGGAGGGGCCCCACACCACCUGGCCGGGGGACACACCCUGUCCCCCCUCAUGUGCCCCCCCAGCGCCUUCAUGCCCGGCCUGAAGAACACCCCCCAGGGGAAGAAGAGUCGCCGCCCCGGGGCAAAGGGUUCAGGUCUGGGAGGGCAGCAUGCCCAGAACCUGAAGGAUUCAGCUAAGGCCCGCAACAAGAAGCUGACCCUGGACAUGCAGAGCGCCCUGCUGGAGAGCUCUGUCACCCUGUCCCCCGUCGAUUCCCUGGACUCCCCCCGCGGAGGGGCCAACAACGCCGGCUACAUCACCAACCCCUGCUCCCCGGUCGCCAUGCCCUCCUCAGGGCUCUUCCACUCCUCCAUGUCGGUGCCCAGCACUCCCAUGGUGCACAGCAGCAUGAUGGACGGCUCUGGUCCAUUCACUGUGUCUCUGGCCCAGCUCAACGACCUGGGAGAUGGAGGCAUGUCCAUGCAGGGCCGCGUGUCCAUGGCCAGCCAGGUCAACCAGGGACCCCACGGCUACGUGCUCAACGCCGGCCAGCUGGGACUCAACAUGGGCCUGGUGAGCCCUGUCAGCGUGCCCUUCGACUGGCACAGCCGCAUGCCCUCCUCCUCUCAGUGCGGGGGACAGGUGGUGAACCUGGUCCACAGCAGCCAGGCGGGCAUGCACCCUCAGAGCCCCAUGCAGCAGCAGCAGAACAGCCUCAUGAUGCAGCAGCACCAGCAGCAUCAGCAGCACCUGUACCGCAGCGCCCAGCAGGCCAUGCUGCAGCCCACGCCUGUCAUUUCCAGCACGCCCAUCUCCCUCAGCCCCGUCAAGCUGCCCUCCAUCGCAGAGCAGCAGCUCCACAACCACUCCAUGGCCAGCCAGCAGAGCCUCCGCAUGGGCACCUCCUCCCCACCCACCCCCCAGACGACACAGCCCCCUCCAGCCUUCUUCCAGCAGCAGCAGCAGCAGCCUCCUCAGCCCCAGCCAGCCACUCAGCCCACCUCUCCACAGGCCUCCCAGGCCCCUCCUCCCCAGGCCAGUGGCAGCACUGCAGGCUUGGAGGACUACCCCACCCCGCCCUCCCAGCACAGCUACUCCUCCACCCUGGAUGCCACCCCCAAGCAUUACCUCCGCCUGUCCAGCGAGCAUCCCUACUUGACCCCCUCCCCAGAGUCGCCCGAGCCCUGGUCCAGCCCCUCCCCCCACUGUGUGUCUGAUUGGUCAGACUCCACCCCCAGCCCGGCGGUGGCCGGUCCUGCCCAAACCCAGAUCCCACAUGUCCAGGAGUCCAACGGCAAGAUGCAGGUGUUUGCAUGAACCCCCAAGGCACCUGGUUAACACCUGGUUAACACCUGGUUAACACCUGGUUAACAGAGACCUGCCUGGGGGAGAGGAGAGAGGAGACGACUGGCUGUAAAGGCCUGUGUGUCUGGAGUUUAUGCGUCAGCCUGGUUCCAAGAUUUCCAUUGGAUUUGGAUUGACAGUGUUUUAUCACGAGGACCGUCUGCUAGUGUUGUUUGCAGAGAAAGAUUAAAGGGAAAAAUGUGUUGUCUGGAUAUAAAAGAACAGACAAUUUAAUGAAGUAAGACUUAUUCUGUCACAGAUGGACUUGUUUUUUUAUUAUUAUAAAAAGUAUAUGAAGAAAACGAAGUCUUUCAUUUCAAAGACUUAGGGAUGCUCUCCUGAAAAACUAACAAACUCUUAAAAAAGUAGAUAAAAGAAAGAAAAAAGCAACAAUGUUGAAGGGAAUUCCUUUAUUUUUAUUUAUUGUUUUUUUGUGUUUCUCAGAACUGCCUUUUCAGGUGUUUUCUCAGCCUCUUUCUGUCCUGUCCUCCUCACAGUGUUUCACACUCACCUUUUACAUGGAACACAUGUCUUGGGCUCACCUGAGUCCAGUGGUGUUACAAGGAAAACAACUAGUGAUUCAGUUUCUCCACCCAGCCCACCACCACCACCGGUGUCUAACACUCUGUAGGCAGAUCAACAUGGGGUUCAGACAGGAAGAGGAAGAGGUCUCGCCUCUCUUGACUGAUGUUAUUUAUUUAGGCCAACAGGUAAAACGAUCAGAUUGGCUUGGGAACAAAUAUGUACUCUUUUAAGUUGGCUGUCAUUAGUGAUAUUAUGUUCUGAUUUGACAAACUAGGGAAAAAAGGACUGACUACAUUCCGUAGAAGUAUUAUGUGUAAGAAUGUAGAAUGAUGGGCGUCUCUGAAGCACUUGACAGGACAAAGCGAUGGGAGGGAGGGUGAUCAGGGAGGGUGAUCAGGGAUGGCGAUCAGGGAGGGCGAUCGGGAUCUUUUAAACAUUCAUUACAGUACGUACAUUGGCCAGUGUUCAGUCAGACAGACAACUCAACAGAAACAUUGAUGUGUUAAAAGUUUAAACUUCCCAUUGACUUAAGCCACGUUCUCCCCCAGGCCGUCUGCGUGUCAGUCCCAGGCCGUCUGCGUGUCAGUCCCAGGCCGUUUGCGUGUCAGUCCCAGGCCGUCUGCGUGUCAGUCCCAGGCCGUUUGCGUGUCAGUCCCAGGCCGUUUGCGUGUCAGUCCCAGGCCGUUUGCGUGUCAGUCCCAGGCCGUCUGCGUGUCAGUCCCAGGCCGUUUGCGUGUCAGUCCCAGGCCGUCUGCGUGUCAGUCCCAGGCCGUUUGCGUGUCAGUCCCAGGCCGUCUGCGUGUCAGUCCCAGGCCGUUUGCGUGUCAGUCCCAGGCCGUCUGCGUGUCAGUCCCAGGCAUGGCUCGAGUCAUCCUAGUCAUUAGUCUCAUUGGUCCUGGUCUAAAGGGCUUGCCCCCCCAGUCUGCCAACACUAUAGUCAUGCAGCUUGUUUUCACUCAUUCUGAACAUUCAUUCAGAUGAGGGCAUUAUUAUGCCAAUUCUAAAAUCAGCCUGUCACUGCCCUUUAGUUUUGGUUUUAACUCAGUUAUGUGUUGUUGUUUUUUUACAUACUGUAUAUGUGUUGACACCAUGGUUACUUUUUUGAACAUCUCCUCGGUGUACUAAGCUAUGUUUAUCAGCUGCUAUUCCUUUACCACUCCCCUGCAAACAUUCCUGCAUGUUGCCUGUCAGUGUGAAAGCAUGUUUUUGACUGCUUCUAUUCUAUUCUUUGACCCCUGGUCCUGUUUUUGUGUAGCCUGAGUCCCACAUCUAUUUGUGCUCUCUUGCCGACUCCGUUGCUGUCAUUGUUAUGCGUGUAAGACCGCACACAUAGAUCUGGGACUCAGGCUAGCUGUCGCGUUGUCCAAUAGAAGCACAUUCUCUUGCGGUUCCAUUGCUAAUGGAGGUGUUGGUAUGUUCUCCAGCGGUUCAGUUACGGAUAAGUCUGUGGACUGAUUCCAACUCUGGUGAGCUCCAGUCGUGGUCAGUCAGUGGUCGGUCAGUCGGUCAGUGUGAGGGCCUGGCUUGCAGCAUGCAGAGGAGCGUUCCCCUGCAUCUUUAGCAGCUUGCACCCCACUAGCCACGGAGAGGACAUUUACAUAUGACUUGUUAGAAGACGUGGAAGGAGAGAACACUACUAUGUAGUGCUGCACCCCCCUACUGUAGCUAUUUACUAUGGAUGUCACUCCCCAAGGAUCCAACUAACCCUCACCAGACCACUGCUGCUCCCUGGAUAGGAUACUUACUACUGGGAAAGCCAAUCAGAUCCUCCUCCCCUGUUCGAUUUCAUUACUAUGUUUCCUUCACUGGUCCAAGCCUGUUCACUAUAACCAGCUACUACAGUACAGUCAGACCUGGGAGGUUUCUGGGUUGGACUGAUACUAGGUUCAGAUUCCAGUUCAGGGUUCAUUUAGUGAAGUGUUUAUUUGUUGUCCUUUGAUUUCCUUUCCUGGCGACACUACUAUGCUCUGUCUGUACAUUUCAGAUAUCCCAACUUCUGUCUGUAAAUAAUGUUUGUCCUGGGUAGAUCUACUUGUUUAUGAUGCAUCUUGUGUUUCUAAAAAAUGAUUAUGUACUAAAAAGGACAAAAAGAAAAUGUACUUCCUUUUAGGAUUAUUGUGAAAAUUGAGGAUGUGACUGAUAUUUUAUUGGUCUUGUAUUAUUAGAAGUCAUAGAUAUUUUCUAUCAUUAUUAUUAAUUCCUAUACUUGUUUAAAAGUAGUUUAAAAAUCAUUGUACAUAAAAAAAACUGUUCCACAAUGUUUCUUUCUACAGACAAAAGUUGUAAAAUAAGUCACUUCUAAUAAAAACUGUAGGGAACUACA